UGAUCAUUACUCUACGAAGUACGGAAUAAUCAUCUACCUAAGGAGAAGAUACCUUACAGUCAGGUAUGCAUGUCCAGUGUAUAAAAAGCAGCUUGGAACCAUGGAGCUCGACAAAUCAACGCCGCUGCAGCACGCACACCUCCCGCCCGUUCGACCUCGUGCCUCUUGUCUACGUCCCUUACUGAUUGCACACCUUUUAAUCUCCCUCGAACAUCGGAACCACUUUUUUACUCUCCGCUCGACUUGCCUCCUCUGCCUCUUCGAUCCCCCCUCGUGGUCCUCAGCGUUGCUCCCUCUGGCAUUUCAGAAUUUUCACUACGGAGCCCUCGACUCAGCCCUUUGGCUCCUUUGUUCCUCACCGCUCCACUGACUAGCCCCCACUUGAACCAGGUACAGUCGGUCUUUGAGCUUCCCAUAUCUACACCUCUUUGAUUCCCUUUCUACCCUCUUUCUCACCACUCACCAAUUCCCCCUUCUCUCUCUUCGUCAUGGCGCUCUCAUCCGUCUUCGCCUGUGUGCGUCCACUCACCUGAUCCCUCCCUGCGACUCUCAGGUUGAAAAUAAAAGUCGACAAAAAGGAAAUACAUCCCAUCGACGUCGGUGUGGGGACAUUUUGUGCCUCGGUGGCAAAAUAAUCUCCGGGCGGUGGAAUUGAGACCACGAAAUACGAUUCCAUCAGAUUUUGAAGACUUGGAAGAAGCAAUUCGCUGGGACACGAUCAGUCCGGCGUCGCCAAGAUGAAGUUUGGCCGCAAUUUGCCCCAAUUCACCGUGCCCGAAUGGAGCGCUUCGUACAUCAAGUAUAAGGCGUUGAAGAAACUGAUUAAGUCUGCGGCCGAGAAAGUUAAGGCAGGCCAAGAAGCUGAUCUGGCUGGUUUCUUCUAUUCCCUUGACCGAAAUGUCGAGGAUGUCGAUUACUUCUACAACAAGAAAUAUGCCGAAUAUGCCCGCCGUUUGAAGCUGUUGGAGGAUCGAUAUGGCUAUUCGAUGGAGGGUCACCAUCCGUUGGAACCCGAGGACCGUCAUGAUCUCCGCGAGGCUCUCCUAGACCUGCGCUAUCACCUGCGACGCUUACAAUGGUACGGAGAGGUCAAUCGCCGUGGCUUCGUCAAGAUCACCAAGAAAUUGGAUAAAAAGGUCGGGGCACAGGCCCAGAAGCGCUACUUGGAGACGAAGGUGGACCCGGCUCCGUUUGCCUCCAAUGCGCGGGCGGUCAAGGCUCAGGAGCGCAUCAAUUCAUGGAUGGCGGUGAUCACGGAACAGUCCAAGGUGGAAGAGAAACUGGCAGACGACGCCAGCUCGACCCACUCUUCUCUGCCGCUCAAACGCGGACGUGCUCGGCCCUACCUAAACCUGCCCACGAGUGUUGUUACGGCAGUGGAUGAUGCUUUGCGCAAGGAUGACAUUCACGUUUUGCUGGAACUCCUCGAAACAUUGAAGGCUGCCGCGGAUGAGGCAGGUGAAGGGCUCUUCCCUAAAAUCCUCAAGACCCUUAUCCAACGAGCUAUCCUCCACCGUGCUCGGCUGUGUCUGACUUCGCUUUUGCCGAAGGUCGACAACCUUGAAGAGGACGAUGACAUCAACCGCCGCAAUUGCUUGCACCGCCUGGUCAUCUCAAUUGGCCGGGUACAAUCGACCAGCGACUCCGAGUCUGCGGCGUCUCUAGUCCUAGAUUUCCCUCCAGAGACAACCCGCUAUAUCACUCCGGCGGCACCUCCAACUUUGCAACCUCCGCGGUCUGUGAUCAAGGAGGCAAAUCUACCUCAGCAGCUCGGCCGUGAUGAUCCGGCGGUGUCCCUCUUGCAACACUUGCUAGAUGGACUGCGUCCCAAUCAGCGUGAAGCGUUGAUGGCCAAGGAUCUCUCUGGCCGCACGCCAUUGCACUAUGCUGCUCAGUAUGGGUUCAAGGAUGUCUGUGAAGUGAUCAUUGAGCAUCUCAAGGCAUGGGAAAUGUUUGAUGUGAGCGAGGGCAUCGACGGCGCCAUAUGGCAAGACAAUGAUGGCUGGGCUCCGCUGCAUUUGAGUGUGGUCGGCGGACACCCAAAAACUACGCGUUGCCUUCUGGACGCUGAGAAUUGGAAGGAAACCCACAGCCCUGGUGACCGAGUCCGAAAACAGGUUUCUAAGUCCUCGGCUGUGCUCGCCCUGGCCACGAAGGCCAACUUUGUGGAUAUUGUUCAGCUGUUGGUGGAUGCUGGUGUAGAUAUCAACUACCAGGACGAACAGGGCGAGACUGCACUGCACGUUGCAGCCCGCUUUGGUCAUGAUGAAUGUGCCCGAAUUCUCCUGCAAGGCACUGAGGAUCAAAAGGCGAAUACGGAACUGGCUGAGAACACCUAUGCGUGGACUCCCCUUUUUAUUGCCUGUGUUGACGGCACUUUGAGCGUGGCUAAGCUGCUCAUUGAGGCUGGUGCUGAUCUGGAGCGCUUCGACUCUUCUGGCUGGACUGCCAAGGAGCAUGCAGCCCUGCGUGGCCAUCUAGCUAUCGCUCGGUGUCUUGCUGAAGUCAGCCCCGGACCUCCCGCUACCGAGCCUGAACCAAUUCCUGUUCCCAUCGACAGGGUUUCCCCAUCGUCUUCGUCGCCGCCGGGCCAGUCAUCCUUGAUUGAUCGGCGGUCAAAUACCCCUGGGCCUACAUCCGGGAAUUAUGUCCGUAACUCGGAACCUAUCAAGACCUUUGGACAUCGGUACCUUACCGAUGAGACCAUGGUUUUAGUCAGUCUUGGAACUAUGGACAUGAGAAAGCCCUUGGAAACGGUUAAUCUGGAUCGUAUCCCCAUGGAGAAUGCGCACGCGACACAGCUUGACACGGCUCUGUCUAUGGUGGUCACUGCCAGCGGUGCUUACGGCGAGCCUGAAGUCAUUGAUCUGCCGGUGCAAGAUAAUAUCUCGACCGAGCCGAUCGUGUUCCACACGACCGAUGUGAGCAAGGUCCGCCUUCUGUUUGACUUGGUGCCUACCUACUCCGGAUCUAAGGAUCAGGUUGUCGGCCGAGGUGUUGCGCUUCUCUCUAGCAUCAAGCAGGAAGUGGGGUCUCAUCGCAUCAACCUCAAGGGUGAUUCUACCAUUCCUAUUGUUGCUGCCAAUACCUUGGAGGUGAUUGGCUCGGUCACCUUUAACUUCCUCAUUAUUACCCCUUUCAAGCACCCAAACAUGUCGAUUACCGGCAACCAGACCUAUUGGCGAUCCAUGAGCUCCACAAUGGUUAUCGGUCACCGUGGUCUGGGCAAGAACAUGGCCAGCCGUAGGUCCCUGCAGCUGGGUGAAAACACUGUUCAGUCGUUUAUCGCCGCGGCAAACUUGGGUGCUUCUUAUGUGGAGUUUGACGUUCAACUUACUAAGGACCAUGUCCCGGUCAUUUACCAUGACUUCCUGGUCAGCGAGACGGGUAUUGACGCUCCUGUGCAUACUCUCACGCUCGACCAGUUCUUGGAACUGGGUAAAGGCCGACACAAGAAUAUGCUACCCCAGACUGUGGACGUUCACGGCGCGACAACCCUCGGUCCUCGCCAACGGUCCAUGUCUGUCGGUGGCUCCGAGUACGAUCCGGCCGAACUGACCGAGAGAAUCAAGCACACCCGCGAUUAUAAGAAGAAGGGUUUCAAGGGCAACACUCGCGGCGAGCACAUCCAAGCGCCAUUCGCGACAUUGGAGGAAUUGUUUAAGAAGGUCCCCAAGCCUGUGGGCUUCAACAUUGAACUGAAGUACCCUAUGCUCCAUGAGAGCGAGGAGGAGGAGAUGGACACGUAUGCCGUUGAAUUGAACUCGUUUGUCGACACCAUCCUCACAAAGGUCUACGACCUGGGCCGGGGCCGCGACGUGCUCUUCUCCAGCUUCAACCCCGAUAUCUGCCUCCUGCUUUCCUUUAAGCAGCCUUCCAUCCCGGUUCUCUUCCUGACUGACGCUGGCGCCUCUCCCGUCGGCGAUAUCCGCGCAAGCAGUCUGCAGGAAGCCAUUCGAUUUGCGUCGCGGUGGCAUUUGCUUGGCAUCGUCACCCAGGCGGAGCCACUGGUUCUGUGCCCACGUCUUGUGCGUAUCGUCAAGGAAUCCGGUCUCGUCUGCGUAUCUUACGGUACGCUCAACAACGAGGGCGCAAACGUGGAUUACCAAGUCGCAGAAGGCAUCGACGCGGUCAUCGUUGACUCCGUCCUUGGCAUUACCAACGGCCUCAUCCAGCGUCAGAACAAGGGCGAACGUACACCCGGUCCUUCACCGAUCCCGGCACCUGUCGCUGACAAGGCCGCCAUCCGCGUGCCGGUCCUCGAGCAGGUGAAGCCUAACAACGCCAUCCCGAACCCGGAUCCGGGUGCCAACGUGUAGAUGUGGGCAAUUACCUACUUCUUGUAUUGAUUUUGUUAGGUGGUCAUCGUGUGAACCCGACUGGGAUUGGGAUUUGGAGGCUUGCGCUCUUUUUGUUUCUCCUACUUAAGACUCUCUCAUCCAUAUUCUUUUUUUCUCAACUGACUUGAUAUGUCGGUGCUACAUACAUUAAUGCAUUCCAUGUUUAUAGUUGCAUUGGGCUUGUAGCCUGCUUCAACAGCAAAUAUCAACCUGUGCUUUUCCGAUG